CCCGGAUGGCGAGCCUCGCCGCGCUCGCCCUCAGCCUGCUCCUGCGGCUGCAGCUGCCUUCGCUGCCCGGCGCCCGGGCGCAGAGCGCCGCAGGUGGCUGUUCCUUUGAUGACCACUACAGCAACUGUGGUUACAGCGUGGCCCUGGGGACCAAUGGGUUUACCUGGGAGCAGAUUAACACGUGGGAGAAACCAAUGCUGGACCCAGCGGUGCCUACAGGAUCCUUCAUGAUGGUGAACAGCUCUGGGAGGGCCUCUGGCCAGAAGGCGCACCUUCUCCUGCCGACCCUGAAGGAGAAUGACACCCACUGCAUCGAUUUCCAUUACUACUUCUCCAGCCGCGACAGGUCCAGCCCGGGGGCCUUGAAUGUCUAUGUGAAGGUGAACGGUGGGCCCCAGGGGAACCCUGUCUGGAACGUGUCUGGCGUCGUCACUGAGGGCUGGGUGAAGGCAGAGCUUGCCAUCAGCACCUUCUGGCCACAUUUCUACCAGGUGAUAUUUGAAUCCGUCUCUCUGAAGGGUCAUCCUGGCUACAUCGCUGUGGACGAGGUCCGGGUCCUUGCCCAUCCAUGCAGAAAAGCACCUCAUUUUCUGCGGCUCCAAAAUGUCGAGGUGAACGUGGGGCAGAAUGCCACCUUUCAGUGCAUUGCUGGUGGAAAGUGGUCUCAGCAUGACAAACUUUGGCUCCAGCAAUGGAAUGGCAGGGACACGGCCCUCAUGGUCACCCGCGUGGUCAACCACAGGCGCUUCUCGGCGACAGUCAGUGUGGCGGACACUACCCAGCGGAGCGUGAGCAAGUACCGCUGUGUGAUCCGCUCUGACGGUGGCUCUGGUGUGUCCAACUACGCUGAGCUGAUUGUGAAAGAGCCUCCCACUCCCAUCGCCCCCCCAGAGCUGCUGGCCGUGGGGGCCACAUACCUGUGGAUCAAGCCGAAUGCCAACUCCAUCAUUGGAGACGGCCCCAUCAUCCUGAAGGAAGUGGAGUAUCGCACCACCACCGGCACCUGGGCAGAGACCCACAUCGUCGACUCUCCCAACUAUAAGCUGUGGCAUCUGGACCCCGAUGUGGAGUAUGAGAUCCGGGUGCUGCUCACGCGACCAGGGGAAGGGGGCACGGGACCACCAGGGCCUCCCCUCACCACCAGAACCAAGUGUGCAGACCCGGUGCACGGCCCGCAGAACGUGGAGAUCGUGGACAUCCGAGCCCGGCAGCUGACGCUGCAGUGGGAGCCCUUCGGCUACGCGGUGACCCGCUGCCACAGCUACAACCUCACGGUGCAGUACCAGUACGUGUUCAACCAGCAGCAGUACGAGGCCGAGGAGCUCAUUCAGACCUCCUCCCACUACACCCUGCGGGGCCUGCGCCCCUUCAUGACCAUCCGGCUGCGGCUGCUGCUGUCCAACCCCGAGGGCCGGAUGGAGAGUGAGGAGCUGGUGGUGCAGACGGAGGAGGAUGUUCCAGGAGCUGUUCCUCUAGAGUCCAUCCAAGGGGGUCCCUUUGAGGAGAAGAUCUACAUCCAGUGGAAACCUCCCAAUGAGACCAACGGGGUCAUCACGCUCUACGAGAUCAACUACAAGGCCGUGGGCUCAUUGGACCCGAGCGCCGACCUCUCCAGCCAGAGGGGCAAAGUGUUCAAGCUUCGGAAUGAAACCCACCACCUCUUUGUGGGUCUGUACCCCGGGACCACCUACUCCUUCACCAUCAAGGCCAGCACAGCAAAGGGCUUUGGGCCCCCUGUUACCACCAGGAUCGCCACCAAAAUUUCAGCUCCAUCGAUGCCUGAAUAUGACACAGACACCCCACUGAAUGAAACAGACACGACCAUCACAGUGAUGCUGAAGCCCGCUCAGUCUCGGGGAGCCCCUGUCAGUGUUUAUCAGCUGGUUGUCAAGGAGGAGCGACUUCAGAAGUCACGGAGGGCAGCUGACAUCAUUGAGUGCUUUUCGGUGCCGGUGAGCUAUAGGAAUGCCUCCAGCCUCGAUUCUCUACACUACUUUGCUGCUGAAUUGAAGCCUGCCAACCUGCCUGUCACCCAGCCAUUUACAGUGGGUGACAACAAGACAUACAAUGGCUACUGGAACCCACCUCUUUCCCCUCUGAAAAGCUACAGCAUCUACUUCCAGGCACUCAGCAAAGCAAAUGGAGAGACCAAAAUCAACUGUGUUCGUCUGGCUACAAAAGCACCAAUGGGCAGCGCCCAGGUGACCCCGGGGACUCCACUCUGCCUCCUCACCACAGGUGCCUCCACGCAGAAUGCCAACAGCGUGGAGCCGGAGAAGCAGGUGGACAGUACUGUGAAGAUGGCCGGCGUGGUCGCCGGCCUCCUCAUGUUCAUCAUCAUUCUCCUGGGCGUCAUGCUGACCAUCAAAAGGAGAAGAAAUGCUUAUUCCUACUCCUAUUACUUGAAGCUGGCCAAGAAGCAGAAGGAGACACAGAGUGGAGCGCAGAGGGAGAUGGGGCCCGUGGCCUCGGCCGACAAACCCGCCACCAAGCUCAGCACCAGCCGCAACGACGAAGGCUUCUCCUCUAGCUCACAGGACGUUAAUGGAUUCACAGGUGGCAGCCGUGGGGAGCUCUCCCAGCCCACCCUCACGAUCCAGACUCACCCCUACCGGGCCUGCGACCCCGUGGAGAUGAGCUAUGCCCGGGACCAGUUCCAGCCCGCCAUCCGGGUGGCUGACCUGCUCCAGCACAUCACUCAGAUGAAGAGAGGCCAGGGCUACGGGUUCAAGGAGGAAUAUGAGGCCUUACCGGAGGGGCAGACAGCCUCGUGGGACACAGCCAAAGAGGAUGAAAACCGCAACAAGAAUCGAUACGGCAACAUCAUAUCCUAUGACCAUUCUCGAGUGAGGCUGCUGGUGCUGGAUGGAGACCCACACUCCGACUACAUCAACGCCAACUACAUUGAUGGGUACCAUCGACCUCGGCACUACAUUGCUACUCAAGGUCCCAUGCAGGAGACUGUAAAGGACUUCUGGAGAAUGAUCUGGCAGGAGAACUCGGCCAGCAUCGUCAUGGUCACAAACCUCGUGGAAGUGGGCAGGCACCCAGCGGGACACACUGUGGGAAAUGCCACUCUAAGCCGCUCGGCGUCCCCCGGAAUGGUGAAGUGUGUGCGAUACUGGCCGGAUGACAUGGAGGUCUAUGGAGACAUUAAAGUCACCCUGAUCGAAACAGAGCCCCUGGCAGAGUACAUCAUCCGCACCUUCACGGUCCAGAAGAAAGGCUACCAUGAGAUCCGGGAGCUCCGCCUCUUCCACUUCACCAGCUGGCCCGACCAUGGCGUCCCCUGCUAUGCCACCGGCCUCCUCGGCUUUGUCCGCCAGGUCAAGUUCCUCAAUCCCCCAGAAGCUGGGCCCAUAGUGGUCCACUGCAGUGCUGGUGCCGGGAGGACUGGCUGCUUCAUCGCCAUCGACACCAUGCUUGACAUGGCCGAGAACGAAGGGGUGGUGGACAUCUUCAACUGCGUGCGUGAGCUCCGGGCCCAGAGGGUCAACCUGGUGCAGACGGAGGAGCAGUAUGUGUUUGUGCACGACGCCAUCCUGGAAGCGUGUCUCUGCGGCAACACGGCCAUCCCGGUAUGCGAGUUCCGCUCGCUCUACUACAAUAUCAGCAGGCUGGACCCCCAGACCAACUCCAGCCAAAUCAAAGACGAAUUUCAGACCCUCAACAUCGUGACUCCUCGUGUCCGGCCCGAGGACUGCAGCAUCGGUCUCCUGCCCCGGAACCAUGACAAGAAUCGGAGCAUGGAUGUCCUGCCUCUGGACCGCUGCCUGCCCUUCCUCAUCUCGGUGGAUGGAGAAUCCAGCAACUACAUCAAUGCGGCACUGAUGGAUAGCCACAAGCAGCCUGCCGCUUUCGUGGUCACACAACACCCUCUACCCAACACCGUGGCGGACUUCUGGAGGCUGGUGUUCGAUUAUAACUGCUCCUCUGUGGUGAUGCUGAAUGAGCUGGACGCUGCCCAGCUCUGUAUGCAGUACUGGCCUGAGAAGACCUCGGGGUGCUACGGGCCCAUCCAGGUGGAAUUCGUCUCCGCAGACAUCGAUGAGGACAUCAUCCACAGAAUAUUCCGCAUCUGUAACAUGGCUCGGCCACAGGAUGGGUAUCGUAUAGUCCAGCACCUCCAGUACAUUGGCUGGCCUGCCUACCGGGACACGCCCCCCUCCAAGCGCUCUCUGCUCAAAGUGGUCCGACGGCUGGAGAAGUGGCAGGAGCAGUACGAUGGGAGGGAGGGACGCACUGUGGUCCACUGCCUAAAUGGGGGAGGCCGCAGCGGAACCUUCUGUGCCGUCUGCAGCGUGUGUGAGAUGAUCCAGCAGCAAAACAUCAUCGACGUGUUCCACAUCGUGAAAACGUUACGUAACAACAAGUCCAACAUGGUGGAGACCCUGGAACAGUAUAAAUUUGUAUACGAGGUGGCACUGGAAUAUUUAAGCUCCUUUUAACCCAGUGGCAUGGAGAACCUGCCAGAGGCUGCUGCAGCCAAGCCCCCUUUUCUG